AUGCUUACUAUGCCGUCGCUGCGUCUGAGCGCAAAGUCAAUACAGAUCACAGCUGCUAUUGCGUCGAUAUGGCUCUUCGUUGGCGUCCUUUAUCACUAUCGCGAUGUUUCUUUUUACACACCCAGUAAUAACUUUCAGAGCACUACGAAAGCGAAUUCAAAUUUGCGCGGUGUUGAAGCGAUAAAACUUGGCGCACGAUAUUUUCUCGAUUAUCCGUUAAAGGACGAACCGAAGGCGAUUUUUGGAGAACUUGGACAACGGACAGAAUUGUUGCGAUCUUGGUUUGAGGAAUUGGAAGGGCGAGACGACACUCACGAGACAGCGGAACUUGUUGGACAAAUCGUGGAAAAGCAGUUUCCGUGGCUCAAUUCGAAACAGGGUGUUUCGCCGCCUCUUGUCGAUAUCUACGAUCGUCUUGGUCUUUCGUACAGCAGCAAAAGUGUCAAGACUGAUAAAGCACCAGCUGGAAUCGUUAUCCCCACGGGCGAAAAAACACUCCGAUUCGCAUGCCAUCUCGUCGCAGCAUUGACGCGCGUCCACAAGACCACCCUCCCAAUUCAAGUUGUAUACGCAGGAGAUGAUGAUUUAUCAGCCGCUGGACGAAAAAAGAUACAACAAGCUGCCAAUGGAGCCAAGAUUGAAAUGCUCAAUGUUCUUACUGUUUUCGACGACAGUACAUUGAAGCUUGCUGAUGGAGGCUGGGCGAUAAAACCGUUCGCUGCAUUGGCGAGUCGCUUUGAGCAGGUCAUUCUUCUCGAUGCAGAUGCAGUAUUCUUCCAAGAUCCUCGACAUCUUCUUCGUCAGGAUCGAUUUAAAGAAACUGGUGUACUGCUGUUUCAUGAUAGGCUGCUCUGGAAGAAUGGAUUUGCGGAUCGUCAGGAUUGGUGGCAUGAUCAGAUCAAGCACCCCAGCCCCGAGACGGAAAAGUCGCUUGUUUGGACGGAGCGAUAUUCUGAAGAGGGAGAUUCUGGUAUUGUCGUCGUCGACAAGUCCAGGCUUGACGUUCUGCUUGGUCUCCUCCAUAUUGGAUGGCAGAACUCUGAGCGGGUGCGCAACGAGGUUACGUACAAGAUUACAUAUGGCGAUAAAGAGAGUUGGUGGAUCGGUUUCGAAGCCACAGGAUCCAAAUACGCCUUCUCACCUCAUUACGGCGGCAUUGUCGGAUGGUUAGGUCCCACGAAAGCAGAGCUCGACGCCGCAAAGAAGGCAAAAGAAGAGAAGAAAAAGGACGACAAGAAGCGCGAGGACGAACAAGUCCGCGUCUGCAGCUUCGUCAUCGCCCACGUCGACCAGAACGAGAAACUCCUGUGGUACAACGGCGGUUUACUUAAGAACAAAGCCGUCAACCAGACAGAAUUCGAAGUCCCGACGCAUUGGAUGAUUGACCAAACAUGGCAUAAAGGCGGAAGCAAGCAAUCCAUGAGUUGCAUGGUCGGCACGAAAGCGAGUGCUUUGACAAUAGGGGAGAAGGAUGUUUUAGCAGAGUCGAUAAACGUAGCGAAGGACAUGGAUGAAAAGUUACAUUUGGUCUGA